AUGGUUAGAGGUUCAGUUGACCAACAUUAUGAAAUGAUCAACAAUUAUGUGGCUGAGUUGAGGAGAGUGGAUCCAGAUGGCAGAUACGAGCUUCUUCUACAAUCAGAUAAUGUUUUUAAAGCCUUUUACAUGGGAUUGAGUCCUUUGAGAGUAGGUUUUAAGGCCAGUUGCAGGCCUGUAAUUGGGAUUGAUGGGUGUUUUCUGAAAACGUAUUUGGGAGGGCAUCUUCUCUGUGCCACAGGGAAAUAUGGGAAUAAUGGCAUGUUUCCAAUAGCUUGGGCUGUUGUUGAGUCUGAAAAUGAAACUUGUUGGAAUUGGUUUUUGCAAAUAUUAUGUGAAGAACUCCAAAUGGGUGAUGGCACUGGAUGGACCUUCAUUAGUGAUCAACAAAAGGGACUACAAAAUGCGGUUGCAGCUUUAGCACCGGAGGCUGAGCAUAGAAACUGUGCUCGUCACAUAUAUAUGAAUUGGAAGAAGGUUCACAAGGGCCAAACCCUUAAAAACCUUUUCUUUCGAGCAGUUUAUGCCACAUUCGAAGCCGAAUUCAAACUUGCGGUCCAAGACCUGAUGGAUGAAUCACCACCAGCCUUCGAGGAUUUCAUGGCACGCGAUACUUCCAAAUUCUGUAAGGCCUUCAUCUCAACACACCCCAAGAGUGAUAGUGUAGAUAAUAACAUUAGUGAGUGCUUCAAUGGUUACAUAUUAAAUGCUAGGGGUAAGCAUGUUAUUCACAUGUUAGAAGAGAUAAGGUCUUCGUUAAUGGUGAGGCAGGUAGAAAAAUUUAAAAACAUGAGUUCUGUGAAGGGUAGGUUGACACCGAACAUAGCUAAAUUGCUGGAGAAAAAUGGCAUGUCAAGUGCUUAUUGCAUUGCACUUCCUGCCUUGCAUGAUUCAUUUCAAGUGCAAUAUGAAGGUGACACAUUUAUUGUUCAUGUAAAAACUGGAACAAGUGGGGAGAACAAGUGUUCUUGUAGAGAGUGGGAUCUCACAGGGAUCCCUUGUAAGCAUGCAUUGGCCGCUAUAAAAUACAUGGAGCUUGACCCAAUCAAUUUUGUGUCUGAGUGUUUCACCGUGCAAAAGUAUUUGUCUGGUUACGAGCAUGGUAUAAGACCAACUCAUGGGCCGAAGAUGUGGCCCCAAGUUGAAGGUCCUAUUGUCAAACCACCCCCUAAAACAAAGAUGCCGGGCAGACCAAAGAAAAAGAGAGUGCGAGCACCAGAAGAGAAGGAUGGCCGAAUGACCAAGCAUGGAGUGAUGAUGACUUGCAGUAACUGCAAACAACAUGGCCACAACAAACGUCUAUGCAAGAAUGAGGCAGUCAUAAUCCCACAAGGAGAAAAGAGGAGGAGAGGUAGGCCAUCCAAACAAAGGGCAGGGGGACCAAACACUAACAACGCACCUGUUUCAACACAAUCGACUGGAAACAAAGCGAAGUCAAGCAACAAAAAAGGCAAUGAAAGCAACAAAAAAGGCAAUGAAAGCCAGUCCAAGAGGAAGUCAAGCCAUUACAAGGGACAAGGGGCUGCCCUCAAGGGGAUUGGUGUCUACAUCAAUGAAGAAACAGGAAACUCAUUCUAUCAUGGUUCUAGUACAAGCAAGAAGGUAACCCAACUGCACAAAUACAAAAAACCAAGAAGAGUUGAUGAAGGUGUAUCAUCUUCCCAGAAGGAUCAGCCAAGCACCAAUGAAAUCCCUACACAGGAGAGUAGGGAUGAUGGAGGACCUACAACACAAGACCUUUGA